AUGGCUCACAUGAAGAGGUUUGCAGCAAUUCCUAUGUCUAAGUGUAUGAGAGACAUGUGCAGAGAAGAGGACUAUGCUUUCCUAAACAACCAGGAACUAGACAAGACUCCAGACAAGACUCCAAAGGAGAGCAUGUUUUGUGAGAGCGGGUGGCAGCAGAAACAAGAGGAAAGGAUCAGCCAGAGGUUAGACCGAGAGCAGAAGGAGCAGGAAAGGAAGCACGAGCUGGAGAAGCAGAGGAGGGAGAAGGAGGAGCAAUGGAAAAGUCAUGUGGCAGGCCUAGCAUCUGAGCGUGAGUCUCUCCAAGGCAGAUUGCACAGGCUACGUGAAUUCAGGGACUUUCAGAAGAAAGUGUUGAUGCAGGAGUUGGGCUUGGAACCUGGUACAGCCAGUGAAAAACUCACCCACAUUCUUAUGAGACUGUAA